GCGGAGCGGCGGAAGUGAGGGGUGGUUUUGCUUUGAAAGAGACAAAAAGGGGAAAAGAGAAAGAAGCAGAGCUGAGACCACAACGCAACCACAGAAUGGCAGUCUGCUGCAGGAGCAAAUCCUCCUAGAGACGGAGACUCGGAGGAGGCAGCGGUCACUGGGAAGCAGCACUGUUUCCAGCAUACAGAGAUUUAAGACAUUUCAACCAUUUGCUGCCAUAAACAAGUCUCAUGUGAAGCUACAAAUAGGGGACUGUGAUGAUAAAUCUGUGAUGUGGAACAGAGACAGCCAAGAGGGACUUCAUUGCCAGAUAAUGGAAGUUCAAGAUGAUUGACAGUCAGCUGUCAGCACAGAGGAGAGCGAUGAGGAGCCUUCCUGAAGACAGCGGCCAGCAGAAGACCAGCACCUACAUCGUGCCCUGCUUCCUCUUUGUGGAGCUGGUCAUCAUGGCAGGGACCGUUCUGUUGGCGUACUACUUUGAGUACACAGACACGUUCCCCGUGCACAUCCAGGGCUUCUUCUGUUUCGACAAAGCCUACUCCAAGCCGUACCCAGGACCAGAGGACAACAGCAAGGCGCCGCCUGUACUUGUCUACUCCCUGGUCACCGCCAUCCCCACUGUGACGAUUCUGAUUGGGGAAGUGACCAGUUUCUUUGUGAAGGCAGAGGGAGCUCAGGAGAAGACCAUAGUGACCGCUGACUGCUGUUAUUUCAACCCUCUCCUCCGAAGGAUCGUACGUUUUCUGGGUGUCUACUCCUUUGGCCUCUUCACCACCACCAUCUUUGCCAAUGCAGGUCAAGUGGUGACAGGAAACCAGACGCCUCACUUCCUGUCUGCCUGCAGGCCAAACUACACGGCUCUGGGCUGCCAGUCUCCACUGCACUACAUCGCAGAGCGCCGAGCCUGCACAGGAAACCCAUACCUGGUGGCGUCCGCCCGCAAAUCCUUCCCUUCCAAAGACGCAGCGCUCAGCUUUUAUUCCGCUAUCUACACAGUGAUGUACGUGACCCUGGUCUUUCGGACCAAAGGGACGCGUCUGACCAAGCCCACCCUGUGCCUGGUGCUGCUGUCUCUGGCCGUGCUGGUGGGGGUGGUGAGGGUGACUGAACACAGAAACCACUGGAAUGAUGUCCUGGCUGGGUUUGUCACUGGAGGGGCCAUUGCUGCCUUCCUGGUGUCAUGUGUGAUCAACAAUUUCCAACAAACUCAGAUAGCAAUGCCAACUCCUCCACCCCCACAGCGUCGAGAGGCCCCGAUCGGAAUUCCUCUCCUCAGCUUGCCCCGCGUGGAGAGUCCACUCGAAAAACUCCAGGGCUACCGUAUUCUGAGAUCACAUGACCAUCAGCCAAUCCCGUCCCCCGCCCCUCCCGAUGUGCUCCUCCCCUCACGGCGUUGCCUCACCAGCGCAGUCUAGACCUGCCCACUGAAUUCCCCCCGCCCUGCCCUGCCCACCCCGUAGGACGACAUCCUCUCAGACGAGUCAAAUCCACGCAGGUCUGAAGGUCCACCAAUCACAGGAGGCAGAGCAGCAACAUCUGCGCAUUGCAAGCAUGGCAUGGUCAUCCACUAAGGACCAAUAGGAGACGGAUACAUGUCCUUCUGUCUUGUUCUGUCCUGUUUGUCCUCCAAGAUGGCCUCCUUUUUCUUUCAGGUGUAAAAGACCGAAUGAAAGAAUCGCCAAAGCCAGAGCUGUUGAAGCAAUACUGUGUCCUCUUUCCCUGUCCUGUUUUCCACAAAGACCUGACAGUAACUCUAAAGACUGUUGGCUGGUGAUGACUUGAUAAAACUCUUAAUUGAAAAAAAACUAAAAAGGGUUUGGGAAUCAAAGAGAAUUCCAAUCACUGGUGGAUUGUCCUCAACAGACCAUUUUGCAACUCUCAGGACAAUACAAUGGAAAAAGGGACAAACAAAGACCUUUAUGUAAUCAAAAUGCAGGUACCGUCUAGUAUUAGGGUACAGAUUUUUAUUUCUGUCGAGUCGCGGUCAAAGAGGAAAGCACCUUUGUAAAUUUUAGCACAGAUGGACCAAUUUAGUGUUCAGUAAACUGUGUUGGAUCUUAUUUGUUUUGGAGGAUUUGGUUUUGAUCUCUUGAUGUAUAUUGUUUGAAGUGACAGAAGAUAGAUUUAUACACACUAGAGCUGUGCUUGUGAUGCCACAUUUGUUUUAGGGCAUGAGUUAAUCCAUCCCUGAAAUGAACUACUACAUUUGUAUUUACUUUCCAAAUAUCUUUUAUCUACUAUUCAGGUGGGUUUUUCUAAAUGUCGGUAGGUUCUACGUCCAUGCUGUGAAAUAUUUGGAAGGUCUUAUCAUUUCACUUACUGCCUAUUACCAUGUGGAGUUCUUUGUUUGUGUUAGUUUUCUCACUUUCUUUUUCCCAUACCCCCUUUAACACUCUCAUGCCUGUUCUUUGUUUUCUUCUUUAAAUUACCUCUAUCUAAAUGUUAAUGUAUUUACUCCCUUUGCUUUCCAAAGAUGAAUGUUUAUAAGAGUAGUUUGGCAUCAGUUGUUGAUGCCACUCUUUAUUCAUCUAUCCAGUUAUUUCCUGCUUCAGUCCACCAUCCUUUCCUUACACUGACUUUAGGAAACCAAUGGCACAGACUAGUGUGUACGACACAGGUAAGACCUCUGAGUUUUGUAUAGUUUUGUACAGUAUAUAGGUUUCUUUACACAGUAUAUACUACAUUAUCAUUAUGUUUAAAUUGUGUGAACAAUGUGAAGCUAUACCUGAAGCUGUCUUGUAGGAAAAUGAGUAGUUGCCUGGUCUAAAGCAGGAAUGUAGCGCGGUGGUGUGUAAAAACCUAACAGCAUACAGCUGGUGUGUUUGGCUCAAUUUGCUUUGGUUCUGCUCUACACUGCAGGCAGGUUAUUCUAGUAGGACAGUACACAAUGGGUUAUAUAAAGAAGACAUUGCUACGGUUUUAUUAAGCGUGUGUGUGUGUGUGUGUGUGUGUGUGUGUGUGUGUGUGUGUGUGUGUGUGUGUGUGUGUGUGUGUGCUUAUAGGGAUUUGUGUGUAUGUUCAUAAUGAGCACACUGUAUGGCAGCAUAACUGUUAAUUGUGCAAUCUGUUUUCUUAAGUUAAACUGUCAAAAGUAGCUGCUAUAAUUACACACUUGUGCUUGUGUGUAAAUGCAGGCCUUCAAAGGACCCCUGCCAAGGCGUCCUAACAAUGCCUGUUAUAGCAGAAGGUGCUCAUUAUAGCUCUGAGAUUACCUACAGUGAAACUUUUCAGUCUGAAUUUUUUGUAAACAACUGAAGAGGUAGAGAACAACA